AUGGGUGUUCCAGCAUUCUUUCGAUGGCUGACCAAGAAGUACCCCUCAACGAUUGUCAACGCUAAUGAAGAACGGAAGAGAGAUGUCGAUGGAAAGAGGAUACCGAUAGAUUGUACACAACCGAACCCAAAUUUUCAGGAAUUUGAUAAUCUCUACUUGGAUAUGAAUGGAAUCAUUCAUCCGUGUACUCAUCCUGAAGAUAGGCCAGCGCCCAAAAACGAAGAUGAGAUGUUUGUGUUGAUAUUCGAGUACAUCGAUCGAAUUUUCUCAAUUGUACGACCAAGGAAACUUCUUUAUAUGGCAAUUGAUGGUGUGGCGCCGAGAGCUAAGAUGAAUCAGCAAAGGAGUCGACGUUUUCGAGCAUCAAAAGAAGCGGUGGAAAAACAAAUGGAAAUUGAUGAAGUCCGAAAACGAUUAGAUGCUGAAGGCAUUCCUCUACCACCAAAGAAAGCACCGGAAAGCCAUUUUGACAGCAACUGCAUAACCCCUGGAACUCCAUUCAUGGCUAGAUUAGCUGAUGCUCUACGUUAUUACAUUCACGAUCGUCUCACUAACGAUCCAGCUUGGCACAAUAUUCAAGUCAUCCUUUCUGAUGCCAACGCUCCUGGGGAAGGCGAACACAAAAUUAUGGACUUUGUUAGACGUCAGAGAGCUAACCCAGCUCACAAUCCGGAUACGGUUCAUUGUUUAUGCGGGGCAGAUGCUGAUUUAAUUAUGCUUGGACUCGCGACUCAUGAAAACAAUUUUAACAUUAUAAGAGAAGAGUUUGUGCCAAAUCAACAACGCCCGUGCGAACUUUGUGGAAAAUAUGGACAUGAACUCAAGGGUUGCAAAGGGCUCGAAGAUAAUGAAACCGGGGAAAAAGCUGCCGAUGACGCAGAUCCGCUUCAAAAGGAGAAAAACUUCAUCUUUCUUCGGAUACCUGUGCUGAGGGAAUAUCUGGAAAAGGAGUUAACGAUGCCGAAUCUACCAUUCAAAUGGGAGUUUGAAAGGGCAAUUGACGAUUGGGUGUUUUUGUGCUUUUUCGUCGGUAACGAUUUCCUCCCCCAUUUGCCUUCACUUGAAAUUCGAGAAGGCGCCAUAGAUCGUUUGAUACGUCUCUACAAAGACAUGGUCUAUAAAAUGAAAGGAUAUCUAACACAUGAUGGCUCAGUUUAUUUGGAGCGGGUCGAAAUGAUAAUGAAAGGAUUGGGCGAAGUUGAAGAUGAGAUUUUCAAGCGGAGACAACAAAAUGAAGAGCGCUACAAAGCUCAACAGAAAGCCAGGAAGGUUGCUGGAAACCAAGGAGGACGUCCAGCCGCUCGUCCUGCAUACAUACCAGGGCAUGGCAGCUUAUUGGAACCGACAGCACAGCCGAUGAAUUUAUCCGGAUCCCAAACUCGGCAACUUGCUCAUGACGCCCGCGUUGAAGCUAUGCGACACACGGAGAAUGAAGAAGCUGCGAAGCGGUUGAAGGCAAUGAUGAAAGGUGGAAACGAAGACCAAUCAAGUCCAAAUAGCCGAAAAAGAAAAGCUGAUACUUCAAUUAACCCCUAUGAGGAAGAGGAAGAAACCGAACCGGCUGAUGAAAUUCGCUUGUACGAAAGUGGAUGGAAGGACAGGUAUUAUCGAGCCAAAUUUGAUGUUGGUGGGGAUGAUUACGAUUUUCGCAAAAAAGUUGCUUGGGCAUACGUCGAAGGAUUAUGCUGGGUUUUACAAUAUUACUAUCAGGGUUGUGCUUCAUGGGAUUGGUAUUUUCCAUACCAUUAUGCUCCAUUCGCUUCAGAUUUUGAUACAGUAUCGCAAUUCAAACUUGACUUCUCAGGAAAAACUAGGCCAUUCAGGCCACUUGAACAGUUGAUGAGCGUUUUCCCUGCUGCUAGCAAGCAACAUUUACCGGAGAAAUGGCAGCUAUUGAUGACUGAAGACAGUUCACCUAUAAUCGACUUCUAUCCAGUCGACUUCCGCAUUGACCUGAAUGGUAAAAAGUUUGCAUGGCAAGGUGUUGCGUUACUUCCAUUUGUGGACGAAAAACGACUUUUAAAUACGCUCCAAACGGUUUACCAAACUUUGACAGACGAGGAGAACGCGCGCAACACUACAGGGCCGAAUCGACUGUUUGUAUCAACUCGCCAUCCCGUUUAUGCGCUGUUCAAGGAGCUCUAUGAUGUGGAAUCUGAUGGAAUUGAUGUGGAUACAACAUUGACAAAUGGAAUGAGCGGUCGCAUAAUGUCAGAUGGAACAGUGACCAUGCCGGGUACAACUUUUACUUCACCGGUUAUGGCCAACGAGUGUCCGGAUUUGCCGGUAAACAAUGCGAUCAACGUUAUUUUUGACGAUCCAGAUUAUCCAGAAGGGUUCGUUUUCCCUGCCACGCGUCUAGAAAAAGCAUCUGAAUUGCCAAAAACAUUGAAGCCGGGAGAUUGGAACGAAAGUCGGGACGGCCGGUAUCGACCUCAAGUUGGCUUUUCACGGGAUACACCACGAGCUCACUUAGAUCAAUCGGGUCAUCGACAUAUUCGACAUGAACUUGGCUCUGGAUAUAACCCUCAAAAUACAAAUUUCAACCCAAACUAUCGUGGUCGAGGAGGUGGAGGCUACCGUGGAGGACCUGGUGGGUUUGGUGGAAACAAUGGUAAUAACUAUGAACGACACGAAGGUGGUGGUUAUGGUGGCGGUGGAUAUCGCAAUCAACAGCAAAGUUAUGAUAAUGGUGGCUAUGGAGGAAAUAAUUACAACUCUCGAGGUUAUCGUGGUAAUCGCGGAUUCAACGGUGGUGGUCGAGGCGAUCGCAACGGUCCUCCACGUGGCGGCAACAACUAUUCAAGCAAUUGGCGU